UACCGUGCUGUAAACAUAUCUCCCGUCAUUGGUUCUAAAUAUUUAAUUAUGGGCGUGGGGUUAAAACCAAUAUAGAUACCCAGUCUUCUUUGGGGUCCCAUUGUAGUACGUUGUGGUGGCGAUAUUGGUACGUAUACCGCACAACCAAAAAUUCUAAGGUGGGACAAACUUGGUUCUCGUCCGGAGACCAGUUGCAAUGGGGAGUAUUCAUGAUCAGCAGUUGGUCUCAAUCUAAUCAGUGCAGCUACAUGCAAAAUAGCAUGACCCCAUGCAGAAGAUGGUAAUUUACAUCUCAUUAAGAGCGGUCUAGCGAUUAUUUGUAAUCGUUUAAUCAGAGAUUCAGCUAAACCGUUUUGUGUGUGAACAUGAGGUACUGAAUGUUCAACAUUGAUCCCAAUUGACAUACAAUAGUCAUUAAAAGCUUGAGAUGUGAACUCUCCCGCAUUAUCCAUCCGGAUGUUUUUAAUUUGAUUAUUCGGGAAAUUUGCUCUCAAUUGUAUGAUUUGAGCUAAAAGUCGGGCAAAUGCUACAUUUCGAGUAGCUAAAAGGCUCACGUGUGACCACCUUGAGGAUGCGUUAAUUAAGACCAAGAAAUAGCGUAAUGGUCCACACGGAGGAUGAAUGAGCCCACAAAUAUCCCCUUGGAUUCUGUCAAAAAAUGAUGGGGUUUCAUGUAUUAAUUUAGUUUGUGAGGGCCGAUUUAUAAGUUUGCCUAGAGAGCAUGCUGCACAUGAUAAGUCUUGUGGUAGCAAAACUUUUAAAUUUUUGAGAGGGUGCCCGGUUGCACUUUUGAUUAUUCGUCUCAUCAUUAUGCUACCAGGGUGAUCUAGACGGUCAUGCCAUAUAUUGAAUUUGUCUUUAUCUAACAGCUUUUGGUUACUCACCAUGUAUGAUUCGAUAUGAUUGAUAUUAGUGCAAUAUAAUCCAGAGGAUAAGGGUUCUAAUUGUUCAACAAUUGUUUCUUUGCCAUUUUUGUUUGAAUUAAUUUAAAGAUAUUCAAUAUUUUGUUCAGAUAUUGUUUUUAGGUGGUAACCGUUUUUUCGAAUAUCUUUAAAGCUAAGUAAAUUUCUUCUGGAUUUACUUGAAUAUAAUGCAUUAUCAAUAGUUAGUUGGGUACCCGAAGAUAAUAUUAUGUGUGCUCUGCCGGAGCCUUCGAUAAGGUUACUGACACCAGAUAUAGUACUAAUCGGUGUCUCUGCCGGAGACAACUCAGAGAAAAAUUUCAUAUCUUUGAGAAUAGUGUUAGUACUACCGCUGUCUACCAGACAUUCAUCACCAAUAAUAGCUCUACUGGAGCUAGUAUACAUAUUUCUUCAGGAAAUAAAAAUAAAUAAAAGUUAAUUUAAAGAAGUAAAAUGAAAUAUUGCAAGAGUUUAUAACAAAUGCGUUGAUAUGCCUCAAUGAGGUGUUUAGGGGUGUGACAUGUGCGGGACCAAUGAUUGACAUCCCACAUUUAUAACAAAUGUUGUUUUGGUUCCCGCUACUUUUCCCUUUUGAAGGUCGCCCCGUUUAUGUCGACUCGAUUCACCACCGCUAUUUAUUUAUUUAUUUUUUAGUGUUCUGGGACUCUCGAUGCCAUGUAUAUCCCCGUCCUCGACCACGACCACGGCCUCUGCUGGGGCCGCGGCCUCUACCUCUACCUCGUCCGUUUUGAGAAUUGUCCACAUUCGCUUCAGGGAAUUGGCUUGCAUCGGCGGGUCGCGAUUGAUGGUUUUGUAGUAGGAGCUUGUUGUUUUGCUCCGCGACCAGAAGACAUGAUAUCAGUUCGGAAUAUUUAGUAAAUUGGUGUUCCCUAUAUUGCUGCUACAGGAGCAUAUUUGAGGCAUGGAACGUUGAGAAUUUUUUUUUUCGAGUAUGUUUUCAUCGGUUAUUUUUUUUUUCACCAUAUAAUUUUAACUCAGAGAUAAUGCUGAAUAAGGCAGAAUUAUACUCACUGACAGUCUUAAAAUCCUGUAGUCGUAAGUGAAGCCAUUCAUAGCAGGCUUUGGGGAGUAAGACCAACUUCUGGUGGUCAAAACGUUAUUUGAUGUUUGUCCAUAAUUCAAGAGGGUCCUCAACAGUUAGAUAAUCCCGCUUUAGAUCUUCGUGAAGAUGAUGGCGGAAAAAUAUCAUAACUUUCGCUUUAUCUUGAGGUAAAGUUUGAUUAUCAUCAAUAAUUGUCUCCCCCAAAUUAUUUGUUGUCAAAUGAAUUUUAGCAUCAAGAGUCCAUGGGAGGUAGUUAUUGGCCGAGUUUUCAAGUGCAGUGAAUUCAAGAUGUGAUAAGUUCGGCAUUUUGUAUACAAAGGAAAAAGACAUGCGUUUAAUAACAAGCAUGUGUAUAUAGUCUACUAUAGGAGAACUUCGGGUUCUUUAUAAUUAGAACUUCGGGUUCUAUUCAAGAAGGCAAUUUUCAUAUGUAUUUCAUAUUUAGUGAUGAGUUCCUACAUUUAUUUCAUAUAUACAUAUAUUUUUACUAUAUCAUUUAAAAGAAAACCACCCUCACAUAUGUGGUUUCACGCCCACUGUAAAACCAACAACUCAAACGGAAAAUAGUUUCUUUUUUUUUUAAACUAUUAGUGUUGGUUGUAUUAUUAAUAUAAUAAUACUAUUAAUAUUUAAUAGUGUUGAGAUGAAACAACUGAGUUCUUAUCAACAUAGUAUAUUACUUUCUUCUUCGGUGAAUGCAGAUUCCUUUGUUAGCGUAAUCAUCGAAAAAAAUAUAUAUAUAUAUAUAUUCAAUACAGUAACAAGAAUCAUCGAGAUUGCAGAAAAAAAAUUGUUGUAAUAUUGAUACUGUUAUGAAUUGUUGUAAUAUUCAAUACAGUAACAAGAAUCACGAUCUUGAUGAUUCUUGUUUAACCUUCGUUGUUUCAAGUAUUGGUCAUGUUUCAAGUAUUGUUUCAAGUAUUGGUCAAGAAUUCAUAACAGUGUCAAUACACUAAGAGAUAUUGAUAGUGUACCUGGUUUUGAUGAACGGCAAUUAUCGAGAUUACAGAAAAAAUUGUUGGAUAUCAAAGUGGAUUCCCGUGCAAGAAAAGAGAGCAAAGGUGCUGAUAACGUGAUAAAAACCAAAGAGUAAUAGGGAUAAAACUGAAUUCUUCUCUUUCAUUCUAUACAUUACAAUAUAUAGAUAAAUAAAACCAUAAACCCUAAAGCCCAUAAGUAAGGAUUGGGCCUAAAAUGUCUGGUUCAUAACAAUUUGGAGUUUUUUUCUUUAAAGUAGAUAAUCAUCUUCUCUAUGUUUUCCAUCCCCGUAUAAAUUGAAAAAAAAAAACAUGUAAAUUUUGACAAAAGAAAUUCCUUCAUCGCAUUUGAUAAACCUUGAUAUCAGAUAAAAUAUCUACAAAUGUCCUUAAAAGAGGGUUUCCAAACAUUAAGAAGUAGUGGAUAUUACAACGGCAUAAAAGGACGUGAUUAACGCCUCCAACAUUGCUUCCUAGACGUUAUAGAUGCAUGAAAUGGGAUAAAUGAUAUUAAAAAACAGAAAGUAAUGAUUGAAAGGGCAUUAACCAUUAUACAUUUUUAACGUGACAUUAUGAUGCUUAUGUGGUUGAAAAUGUCCCUUAAAAAACAUUAAACUUAGAUGACAUUAACCAAUAGACUCCAAUCUAAGUUCAUCUAGCUUUCAAAAUUUAAAGAGAGUUUUUAAACUUUAAUAUGAGUAAAUACUUGUACUUUGAUAAUUAUAUCCGGUUUUUUCUACACCAUUGUCACCACGGUAUUGAACCAUCAACCUUGGAGGAUGAAACACUAUUUUACACACUGUAAUAUCACUACACAAAAGACGCUUUGCUAUUUAUUUAUAUAGGUUGUUAUGUUAAUAAAACAAGUAACACCAAUAACAAAGUUAUUAUGUCGGGAGAAAACAGAAAAAACUGGUUUGUAUAAUAUUUUUAAAACUGAUUUGAGUUUAAGUAAACAUAUAUUUAUAUUCAUAAAAAGACAAGGAAAAAUAAUUGUAGAGGAUAACAAUGUCGCGUAUGAUAAUUCGGUAAGAAAAUUACAAUGAGUCAAACAAGAAACAUCUUAUGAUCAUAGUUGUUGCCCUAACACUUCUAUACAAGAAGGCUUAAUUAUCAUUGAUAGUUGGUAUUAUAUAAAUGUUAUUUUAUUCAUCUACCUUUGUCACAUUAUAAAUCACGAGCAUAAAUGCAUAUUCUAUAAAUAUGGUCUGAGGAUAUAAUUGCAGCUUUAAGAGGACACGGUCGAGAAUAUGUGUUUUUAGAGACGUAUGAGUAGGGUUAAGGACUUUUAGAAGGUUUGGGUAUUAAAGUCUUGAUUUAGGAGAACUUUUCAGUUAUUUUGGCGCGCCUUGCGUGUUAUUGCUUUUAUGUGUCUAUAUAAAGUGUUAUUUGUCUUGAUUAUAUCUUCUUACAUGUUCCUUGUUUGGUAGCUUUAGAAAGAAUAGAGUUAAAUGCUUGGUUGGUCCCUAUGGUUUUCAAAAAUUGCAGACUUGGUCCCAGUGGUUUACUAAUUACACGUGUGGUCCCAAAACUUGUCAAAAAUGCACUCGGUUGGUCCCCAGCCCUAACAUCAGUUAAAUUUCUCAGUUAAGUCUAUGUCAAAUGACCAAAAUACCCUUACUUAUUAACUCUCUUUAUAAUUUUUGUUUACUUUUACUUCCAUCAUCUUCAUCAGGCAGGACCAAGUCAUCUUCAUCACCAUCAUCAUCUUCAUCACAAACCCCUUCAUUUCCCCUUUAUAUGUUCGGUAGAAACUGUUACCUUCUCCGAUCGAUUAUCCGGCUACACCCACCCAUCCCCUCUCUCUUCUAUACCCACGCCAUUUCUCCACCCGAAUAAAACUUCAUCACCAUCAUCAUCUUCAUCAGCAGGACCAAGUCAUCUUCACACGCCCCACGCCAUUUCUCCACCCGAAUAAAACUUCAAUCUUCUUUCACAAAUCUCUCAACGCAUUGACAAAACUGAUCUAAAAAACAAUGGGGUUAGGGUUGCUAGCUUCCAGAACUCUCCGAUCUAGGCUUCUAUUCACAAACCCUAGAAAUGUCAGAACCAUCAUCUCAACACCGGACCUCCAUAAACCGGAAGCCGCAGCUGAACCGGCGGCGGUUGAGCCGGAUCUCCCGAAGCGGACACCUGUAGCCGGAGCUAGGGUUCAUUUCCCCAAUCCAGAUGACGUCAUCGAGGUUUUUGUGGAUGGAUAUCCGGUUAAGAUCCCCAAGGGGAUGAAUGUUUUGCAGGCGUGUACGGUUGCAGGUGUUGAUAUUCCGAGGUUUUGUUAUCAUGAUCGGUUAUCUAUUGCUGGUAACUGCCGUAUGUGUCUUGUUGAGGUUGAGAAGUCUCCGAAACCUGUUGCUUCGUGUGCAAUGCCUGCACUUCCAGUUGGGUGAAGAUGAUGAUGGUGAUGAAGAUGAAUUGGUCCU